UUCAAGAUGGAAGAGGAGUUAUCUGUUAACGUUGUCAACUUUUUAAAUUUCGAAUUUCGUGACUUAAAAUCGUUAAAACGUGCUAAAAUUGUAUCAGAAAAAAAUGCUAACAAAAUCUGUAAAUUACAAUCCAAGAUAGAUUUAUCCUCGGAAAAAGUUCCUUCAGAGUUAGCCGAUAUAUCGAGUAAGGCGGAAGAAACAAUCACGAAAGCUACCGAAUUAAAUUCGUACGUGGAACAAAUACAGAAAGAGGCCCAGGAUCAUAUUACGGAGGUUAAAAGGAUAAAAGAUAAAUUUUCCGUUCCUCUUUCGGAAAUUCAAGAAUUGCAGAAUGCUCAAUGUUAUUUAGAAUGGGUAAUAAGAUUAGAAAAUAUCAGCAAGUCAAUAGAAUCAGCAUUGGUACAAGGAGCUGACCAUGUAGCAGUUACACAUUUUUGUGAAUUUAAAGAUACGUGGAACCACUUACAAUCCUCUCAAUGUACACACUUAGUUAAUUAUAUUAAACAAACUAUUUUGUAUUGGCAUGAUAUUCUAAAAGAAAAAUUUGGCAGUAAUUUUGAUAAAAUCCUUUCUUCAAUACCUUGGCCUGCAACUUCUCCAUCACUAGUACAACCACCAUUGAAAUUUAAAGUAUUGUUCACCUAUUUAUUGGAAAUACAAUUACCAGCUAAUUUAAUCAAAAAUAGUGAUAAUGAGUUUGGAUUUGAACCAUUAUUAUUGCCUCUUCAGAUGAUGAUGAGACCAUUACAAAAAAGGUUUAUUUUUCAUUUCACAACAAAAAAACAGACUAAUCGACUAGAUAAACCAGAAUGGUAUUUGACACAAAUAUUAAUGUGGAUUCGUGACCAUUUGGAGCUUAUAGAUCAUCUUGUUCAGCCUUUAUUAAACUCUGAAAAACUAGAACAUAUUUAUGCAAAGGUAGAAUUAAUGAGAACACUUGUUUAUUUGGCCAUGAAAAAAUUACAGAAUGAUAUGCCAAAUUUAGUGUAUAAUGAACAAUUGUUAACUCAUACCAUUGAUGAAGUAUUGUUGUUUGAAAAAGAAUUACACAAUCAAGGAUAUCCUCAGUCUCUUCCAAGUACCAUAAAUAUAUUAAGUAGUGAUAUUUGUUUCAAUCGUUGGCGGAAUCUUGAACAUAAAAGUGCACUUGAGAAGAUGGAUUUACUAUUAAAUUCUACUUCAGCAUGGAAAUUAUGUUAUCAAGAUGGAGAACUUGAUGAAUUGAAAGUUCCAGAAUGUGCAGAAAGUUUUAUGACUCUACUUUUAACCAUGACUGAACGUUACCAAAAUUUGCCAAAACCAAUACAGAGGUUAUCUUUUCUUGAACUUCAAUUAGAAUUACUAGAUGAUUUUAGGUUGCGUCUACAUCAGCUUUUACAUUCUGAAUCAAAAGAACCAUUGGAUUCAAAUUUUUGUGCUAUUUUAAAUGCAAUUAAUUACAUACUUUAUAUAUUAACAGAAUGGAGCAAUCUUCCUAAACUUUUCUUCCCUAGAUGGUUUUGUAUGCCAAUUCAGGAAACAUAUGAAUUAUCAAGAUUGGCCUAUCCACUCUUAACAAUUUUAAAAAGUCAUUUACAAAAAUUGCAAGAAACUUUAGCUAAACCUCUGUUUAAUACUGCAUGGCAAUAUAUUGCAAAAGAAAUUAAUCAGUAUAUAUAUGAAGAGAUAUUAAGUAAUGAAACUGUUUGUCGUGAAAAAGUUUAA